AUGCAUGCGCACACCAGCAAGCCUGACCAGUCGCCCCGCGGAUUGUCAGAUCAGCACGCCCAGUGGCUGAAGCCACCUUCGCUCGGCCAGCCUCUCAUGCCUCGCAAGCUCCAAGUCACACUUCUUUUGGCCCGAAGCGUGACAGCCAGGCCAUGCAGCCAGCCAGCCCGCGCCAGCCAGCCCGCGCCAGCCAGACGUACCCUAUGGGGGGACAAGGAACGGCAGGCCGACUGUCAUUCCGGCGUCUAUCCCCUCCAAGCCCAUCGACACCCGUGA